AUGGCGUUCUUUCUUCGGCGUCCAUUCGCCGUCUCAUCGGCACUUCGCCAAGCACCCAAACUUUCAAACACUACUCGUUUCAUUCACAACUCUCCAUUAAAGCCCACCCCAGCAACCAAGCCUCAGCCCGCUGCUUCCUCGGUCUUCGCUAAGUCCCGCCAGACCUUCCAGAAUGCUUUCCGUCGCACCUACAUUCAGCCCACCUACAAUGCCCAGAGCGGCAACAUGGGUCAGAAGCUGAUGUAUGGCGCUGCCAUCGUCGGUGGUACCGUGGUGGCCACCAACUUCAUCUUCAAUCGUGAAACCCGCGAGGAUGGCGGCAUGCCCGCUUACGAACGGAGCUACCUGAACGAAACUUUCAUGCACACUGGUCUUGGUCUCGGAAUUAUCGCUAUCGCUGCUCGCGCACUGCACACUAACGGUUGGUCGUACCGCCUCAUGUCCAUGAACCCGUGGGCUGUCCUCGGUGUUGGUCUGGUUGGCAGCAUUGGCUCGAUGUACGCCACCUUCUACACUUCCCCGGAUAACUACGUCAUGAAGUACGGCGCCUGGACUCUGUUCAACCUCACCCAGGCCGCGCUCCUCUCCCCGCUGAUGUUCUACAACCCUGCUCUGCUCGCUCGUGCUGGUAUUUACACCGUUGGCCUGAUGGGCUCCAUUGCCUUUGUCGGUGCCACUGCCAAGCAGGAGAAGUACCUGUACCUCGGUGGCCCGCUCCUUGCUGGUGUGGUGCUCGUUGCUCUCUCUGGACUUGCUCCCAUGGUUGUCCCCGCCACCGCUGCCCGCACUCUGAUGUGGUCUGAGCGCAUCUGGCUGUACGGUGGUCUUGCUGUCUUCGGUGGCUUCACUCUCUACGAUGUGCAGAAGGUCCUUCACCAUGCUCGUCUUGCUGAGCGUGGUUACGUGAAGCGUGACGUUGUCAACGAGAGUGUCAGUCUCGAGCUUGACUUCAUCAACAUCUUCGUUCGCAUGGUUCAGAUCCUGAGCAUGCGCAACAACCGGAAAUAA